GUGGGAUGUAAGCGCGGAGGUGGGCGCGGGGGACCCAGGCCAGGACUCGCCCUGGGAUUUGGGGGGCUUGGCCUAGGGGCGUCUUCCAGACGGACUCUAGGGGCCCGGGGCCGAGGCCCGCCGCCAUGGGGCUGAAGGCCGCCCAGAAGACACUGUUCCCGCUGCGCUCCAUCGACGACGUGGUGCGCCUCUUCGCCGCCGAGCUGGGUCGGGAGGAGCCGGACCUGGUGCUCCUAUCCUUGGUUCUGGGCUUCGUGGAGCACUUCCUGGCUGUCAACCGCGUUAUCCCCACCAACGUGCCAGAACUCACCUUCCAGCCCAGCCCCGCGCCUGACCCUCCUGGCGGCCUCACUUACUUCCCCGUGGCCGACCUGUCCAUCAUCGCUGCGCUCUAUGCCCGCUUCACCGCCCAGAUCCGGGGCGCGGUAGACCUGUCUCUCUACCCGCGAGAGGGGGGCGUCUCCAGCCGUGAGCUGGUGAAGAAGGUCUCCGAUGUCAUCUGGAACAGCCUCAGCCGCUCCUACUUCAAGGAUCGGGCCCACAUCCAGUCCCUCUUCAGCUUCAUCACAGGCACCAAACUGGACAGCUCUGGUGUGGCCUUUGCCGUGGUGGGGGCCUGCCAGGCUCUGGGUCUCCGGGAUGUUCACCUGGCCCUGUCUGAGGAUCACGCCUGGGUAGUGUUCGGACCCAAUGGAGAGCAAACAGCUGAGGUCACUUGGCAUGGCAAGGGCAACGAGGAUCGCAGGGGCCAGACGGUCAAUGCGGGUGUGGCUGAGCGGAGCUGGCUGUACCUGAAAGGAUCAUACAUGCGCUGUGAUCGUAAGAUGGAGGUUGCAUUUAUGGUGUGUGCCAUCAACCCCUCCAUUGACCUGCACACUGACUCCCUGGAGCUGCUGCAGUUGCAGCAGAAACUGCUCUGGCUGCUCUAUGACCUGGGACAUCUGGAAAGGUACCCCAUGGCGCUGGGGAACCUGGCAGAUCUGGAGGAGCUGGAGCCCACCCCUGGCCGGCCAGACCCACUGACCCUCUACCACAAGGGCAUUGCCUCAGCCAAGGCCCAUUACCGGGAUGAGCACAUUUACCCCUACAUGUACCUGGCUGGCUACCACUGUCGCAACCGCAAUGUGCGUGAAGCUCUGCAGGCCUGGGCCGACACAGCCACUGUCAUCCAGGACUACAACUACUGCCGUGAAGACGAGGAGAUCUACAAGGAGUUCUUUGAGGUAGCCAAUGACGUCAUCCCCAACUUGCUGAAGGAGGCAGCCAGCCUGCUGGAGGCUGGCGAGGAGCGGCCAGGGGAACAAAGCCAGGGUGCCCAGAGCCAAGGCUCCGCCCUCCAGGACCCAGAGUGCUUCGCUCAUCUGUUACGAUUCUACGAUGGUAUCUGCAAGUGGGAGGAGGGCAGCCCCACUCCUGUGCUGCACGUGGGCUGGGCCACCUUCCUUGUGCAGUCCCUGGGCCGCUUUGAGGGACAGGUGCGGCAGAAGGUGCGCAUAGUAAGCCGAGAGGCAGAGGCUGCGGAGGCGGAGGAGCCAUGGGGAGAGGAAGCCCGGGAAGGCCGGCGGCGGGGCCCUCGGCGGGAGUCCAAGCCUGAGGAGCCACCGCCGCCUAAGAAACUAGCAUUGGACAAGGGCCCAGGCGUGGGCCAGGGUGCCAUUCCAGGACCCCCCCGGAAACCCUCAGGGACGGCCCCGGGCACUGCCCGUGGCCCUGAUGGAGGCAGUGUGGUGCCAGCGCCUGCUGCAUCACCACCGCCGGAGGGUCCGGUGCUCACUUUCCAGAGCGAGAAGAUGAAGGGAAUGAAGGAGCUGCUGGUGGCCACCAAGAUCAACUCCAGCGCCAUCAAACUGCAACUCACAGCGCAAUCCCAAGUGCAGAUGAAGAAGCAGAAGGUGUCUACACCUAGCGACUACACUCUUUCCUUCCUCAAGCGGCAGCGCAAGGGUCUCUGAACUACUGGGGACUCGCUGUCAGCCCUGGGACAGCCCACUCUCAAUCUGGAUGGAGGCGAGCCCAGGUUCCGCCCCUGGCCACCUGGACUUGGGCCCACCUACAGGCCCAACCCCUACCCGAAACCGAGGCUGCAGGUUCCCAGAGCACAGACUACCCCAGUGCCCAAACUGAGCCUCUGCCCGGUCACUGGAAUGUAGAUGCCACCCCCAGGAUCCCAGCCGACCUAUUGAAACCUUACCCCAGCCAUCACCAAUCUUUAAAGGUCCAACCACUGGGAUCAGGCCCGCACCUCAGAACCAAGGCUCUAACCUGAGGCCUGACCACUGCUGCCAGGGUUGCUCUCAACCUGUGGGGCUGGGGUUUUAUCCUAAACCUAAGAAGCACAGGUCCAGCCUCCAGCCGGGGAACCUACGUAGGAUCCCGCUCAGCCCCUAUAAAUACAUUUCUGCGCUUAAGAAUUCCAUCCCUUGGGAAUCCAAGUCCCCUACCCAAAGAAUUUAAGAAAUGCUUCCAGAAUUUGGAAAUCCUACUAGCUUCCCCCCUCCCUGUCUCCAAAGAGUCCGGGACACGAAACUCCUUCCCCGGCCUGUGUGACUCCUGAGCCCCGCUCCCUUCCUGACCAGACUGGCCCCAGAGUAGAGCAGAUCAGAGCAGACAUCUCUUCUGACCCUCUGGGAACCUCCGCGAAGUCCUGCCCGUCUCGGGGGGCCCCGGAGAAAAUCUACAGGGGGUUGCGAGUGGUUGAGGGGAGCCUGAUCUCCUGUUUUGUACAUAGAUUUAUUUUUCAGUUCCAAGGAAGAUGAAUACAUUUUGUAAAAAAAAAAAAAAAAAAAGUA